CAAGCUUUCCCAACCUGCGCAAUUCAGCCUGUGAAGCCUCACCAUGGCCGAGCCAGCGCCCCCAAUCUACGUGCAGGCAUCUCGCUUUGUGCUGGAUGUUGCCAAUGGCCGGCAUGCACUCUCCAAGGCCAUACCACCCGUCCUUCUUGCGCUAGAUGCUGUCCUUUGUGGGCUCAUCAUCUGGAAGAUCCCCUAUACAGAAAUCGACUGGGUAGCCUACAUGGAGCAAAUCUCCCAAUACGUAUCGGGCGAACGCGACUAUACCAAGAUCAAAGGCGGCACCGGACCGCUCGUAUACCCUGCCGCCCACGUGUACACAUACACGGGCCUAUACUACCUCACCGACGAGGGCAAGAACAUCUUCCUCGCCCAGCAGCUGUUUGCGAUCCUAUACCUGGCGACUCUUGCCGUCGUAAUGGCCUGCUACUGGCAAGCAAAGGUCCCGCCCUACAUCUUCCCGCUCCUGAUCCUUUCGAAGCGCCUCCACAGCGUCUUUGUUCUGCGCUGCUUCAACGACUGCUUCGCGACCCUCUUCCUCUGGCUCGCCAUCUUCUUCUUCCAGAAGCGACUUUGGACACCGGGCGCGAUCCUAUACAGCUGGGGCCUGGGAAUCAAAAUGUCACUGCUGCUCGUCCUCCCCGCCGUGGGAAUCGUGCUCUUCCUCGGACGCGGCUUUGGUGGAAGUCUACGCGCGGCAUGGCUCAUGGCACAGGUGCAAAUCGUCAUUGGGAUCCCCUUCUUCUCGAACAACGCCAAGGGGUACCUCGGUCGUGCAUUUGAGCUGUCACGGCAAUUCUUCUUCAAGUGGACGGUCAAUUGGCGCUUCGUGGGCGAGGAGACGUUCCUCAGCAAGCCCUUUUCAAUUGCACUACUGGGACUGCACGCGACGGCCCUGCUCGUCUUUGUUUUUACGCGGUGGCUCAAGCCCAUGCAGAGACCCUUGUCGUCCCUCCUCCCGGCGAUGCUCCGAGGCAAAUCCCCCUUCUCGGCGCUGGAGGAGGCCCAGGUGGCCAGCCGGGUGACGCCGCGCUACAUCCUAACCACGAUCCUCUCGGCCAAUGUCAUGGGCCUCCUCUUUGCCCGGUCUCUCCAUUACCAGUUCUACGCCUAUCUAGCCUGGUCGACGCCGUACCUCCUCUGGCGCAGCGGUCUCCCCUUUUACGUGGUGUAUAUCCUCUGGGCGGCGCAGGAGUGGGCGUGGAACGUGUAUCCCAGUACCGACCUGAGUUCGGAGGUUGUCGUGGGCGUCAUGGCGGUCACCGUGGCGGCUACGUGGUUCGGCACGGCAGAUGAGGGUGCGCCGGCCGAAAAGCCGGAGUCGAAGAAGCGGUGAUGCGAUAGCAAUGGUGGUGGUGCUUGAAUAGGGGAAAUCGUUCAAGUCAUGUAAAAAGUCGCAUCUCGCAUCAGUAGUCGUCCUCGGAAUCGGAUGGCGGCAUCUUGCCCACAUUGGACUCUUCUUCGUCGCUGUCCUCGUACGUGUUCGUCUUUACAAACUCCUUGGGCCUGGCAAUUCAUCAGUCAGUAACCGAAGUGAAGAGCACAUACAUCUGCAAAUAGUGUGGGAAAGCUCACCAGUAAGCUUGCUUGCGCCAGGCCUUCUCGUCGCGAACGACGUUGAUAAUCUCGCCCAUGACGCGCCCGUCAUUCUCCUCGUACUUCUCGGCCAAGACGAAGCCGCCGCGCUUGAUCCAGAUCGUGUUGCGGAAGCGCUGGGCGAGCUCCAGGAUAAAGUCCUUCUUGUUGGGCAGCUCGCAGGCGUAGAGGUUGUUGCCCUCGGCCUUGACGACGCGCACGAUGGCCUGGUUCUUUUCCAGGGUUGCGGGAGGAGUCAGGGUGUCUUCGGCCGCCUGGAGGGCGGAGCGCUUUGGUUUGCCCAUUGGGUUUAUGGCUGGCUGCUAGGAUGUUCGAGACUGAGCAAGAUGAUGGGAUCAGGGAACUUUUUUUUUCUGGUGGUGAGUGACAAUGGUGGGG